GCCCAAACUAAACUCAUGGGUCGUGGGGAAUUUUUUACCCAUUUGAUUUGCCGCUGAUUUGUAGGACCCAACAAAUUUGUUCUUCCAAAAUCCGCCAUGGCUUCAUCUUCAAAGAAACGGGCAAGGACAAUCUCUGCCAUUGCUUCUCGCAUUUAUUUCCUUGUAAUUAUUCUGCAGCUUCCACUUUUCAGAUUUCCAUGUAGAAUUGGUAUGUGUAAAACUCCUAUAGAGGUGGCAUUAUCUCACUUGAUAGCAAGUGAAGUUUUUCCAGAUGUUGCAGUGAAGGCCUUUCUGUAUCCAGGAGCCAUAGCAAAAGCUAUAAUUAGUAAUACAGCGAUUCCAAGCUACGACGACUUGCUAAAUUUCUUGAAGUUCUCAUAUAUGGAGGCAGCAUCUGCUGCAACUGAUCUCAAAAACUUGGAGGUUCUCGUGGGAAGCUACCUGUGUGUAGCAGGAGCAUUUCUAGGUCUGAUUAGACCAGGAAGAGCAAGCCUUUUUGGUGUACUUCUUGUUUUGUGGGGCAUCGCUCGUGAACUCGUUCUUCAGAAGCAUGUUGCAACUGAAGACCUCAAAAAAACUGUCUCUAUAUAUGCCACAAUGUGGAUCCCAGUGCUGUCUGCAUUCUUUUCUGUAAGAGGGGAUGUGAGAAAGCUCAUCAGAAGUUGCAAAGCCAAGCGCAUUCCUAAACAGUUACGGAUGUACUCGAAAGCAAAGUUUAAAUGAAUUUCUGGACAAACUAGUCAAGGAAUGUCACACGUGGCUAUGUAAUAGUUUUCUGAAUUUUGUUAUUUGCACUGAUGUGCUAAAUUGAUUUAUAAAGGUAACUAAGCAUGUGAUAUGUUUGGGGCCUUUUGUUCUCUCUUUCUUGUAAAAAAAUUUCCUUAUGCAGCUACCUUAAGCUUGCUUGAACCUAUUUAAAUUAUAUUUUG